CGUACUGCAGUAUGGAAGACUCCAUGCUAGCUAGCUAGCUGUAGUGUUGACUAGACCACAUGGCCGUGAGAUAAUGACGACAUCUUUAAUCAAGGAACUGAGGUCAAGAAGAUCAAAGAGAAAGGGUAUUUAUAAACAGAACUAGAAGGAGAGAGCUGAUAGCAAUGGCAGAUAGUGAGGUGGAGACUGGAGGUGUGGCAGCUGUGGGGGCUCUAGAUAUUGCCCUCAUUGCUGGCUUGGUGGUGGUGGUUGUGGCCAUCAUCAUGCGGUGUAGGAGCAAGAAGACUGAUGACAGCGCUAGGCUUAAAGACCUCAAGAUUAAUUCUGUGAUUGGUCGACCGGUUGCUAUGGGAGAUGACCCCCUGGGUGGAAACUUUCUGUCCAAGAUGAAGAGCAGAAACAAGAAGGUCGUGGUGUUCUAUGGAUCUCAGACCGGGACUGCUGAAGAGUUUGCAUCUCGUCUUGCAAAGGACGCCACAAGACACGGCUUGCCCGCUAUGACCUUUGACCCUGAGGAUUGCACGGACUGGGCGGACCUCCAGAAAGUGGGCACUGACAUAGAGAACUCUCUAGUCAUAUUCUGUGUAGCCACAUACGGAGAAGGGGACCCAACGGAUAAUGCUCAGGAACUCUUUAACUGGGUCAAGGAUGAUAAUGAUACUGACCUCACUGGACUCAACUACACUGUGUUUGGGCUUGGCAACAAGACGUACGAACACUACAAUUCCAUGGGACGUCUGGUGGAUAAGAGGCUGGCGGAGAUGGGGGCCAACAGACUCUACAAGAGAGGGGAGGGAGAUGAUGAUGGAAGUAUUGAGGAAGACUUUGUCACAUGGUCUGAGGACUUAUGGCCGACGGUGUGUGGAGAGUUUGGAGUAGACAACUCCCAACAAGUGAACGUGUCACGAGAGUACAAGAUGACUGUGCACUCUGACCUCCCACCAGAGAGGGUGUUCGUGGGAGAGCCUCAUAGACUCGGAUCAUAUCAGAACCAAAAACCUCCCUUCAAUGCUAAGAACCCGUACCUUGCUACCAUGAGUGUCAACAGAGAGCUGCAUGAUGGAGGGGACAGGUCAUGCAUGCAUGUGGAGAUGGAUAUAGCAGACAGUCGACUGAGUUAUGUGACAGGAGACCAUGUGGCCAUCUACCCAGUCAAUGAUGAGGAGCGAGUGGCAAGGAUAGGAGAGCUACUGGACACAGACCUCGACACUGUCAUCACUCUCACCAAUGUGGAUGACGCGUCCUCUAAGAAGCAUCCAUUCCCGUGUCCCACUUCGUAUCGUACUGCCCUCUCUCACUAUGUGGACAUCACCUCUUGUCCUCGUACCAACGUACUCAGGGAACUGGCCGACUUUGCAUCUGACUCCACCCACAAGGACUUUCUGUUACGCAUCACCUCUCCCACAGACGAAGGAAAGCGUGAGUACAGUGAAUGGAUAGUGAAGGACAAGAGGACUAUAGUGUCUGUGCUGGAGGACCUGCCUUCCUUCAAGCCACCAUUAGACUACCUCCUGGAGCUACUGCCUAAACUACAGGCCAGGUACUACUCCAUCUCUUCAUCACCCAAGGUGCACUCCACAUCCAUCCACAUAACAGCAGUACUGGUGGAGUAUAUCACUAGGACUGGCCGCACCAACAGAGGAGUCACCACCUCAUGGCUCAAGAGACUACAGACACAGCGAGAGAAUGGUGGUCCAGAGGUGGUGAGGAUCCCUAUAUUUGUCCGUCACUCUAGUCUACGCCUCCCGUAUCGAGCUAUCUGCCCAGUGAUGAUGGUGGGGCCGGGUACUGGGGUGGCUCCAUUCAGAGGGUUCAUUCAAGAGAGGAGCGUCAUCAAGAGCAAUGGCAAGCAACUGGGUCAGACUGUGCUCUACUUUGGUUGUCGUAGUAGCACGGAGGACUAUAUAUACAGGGAUGAGUUAGAGGGAUACAGAGACUCUGGUGUGUUGAGUGACCUCCAGGUGGCCUACUCCAGGGACACACCUCAGAAGGUGUAUGUGCAACACAAGCUCAUGGAGACUGGGGCAGCUGUGUGGAGUCUGCUGGAAAAGCAAGGCUACUUCUAUGUGUGUGGUGAUGCUCGUAACAUGGCCAGAGAUGUACAGAACACACUCAUCCAGAUAGUGGCAGUACAUGGACAAAUGGACACUUCAGCUGCUACAGAAUAUGUCAAGAAACUGCAAAAGAGAGGACGCUAUAUUCAAGACGUCUGGUCUUGAUUGAAACUGUUUAUUAUUAGGGGAACUUUGAGUUUUAUUUAUAUAAUUAUAGUAUGUGUGCGUGUAUAUAGUGUAUAUAGUGGAGAACUGUUCCUGGUUUUAAAUUGAACAGAGUUUGUAUAAUUUAUUGAAGGUAUAAUUAUUAUUUUCUUGCUCUACAUGUAUUUCAUGAUCAAUUGCUAUGGCAACUAGUAA